GGUGUCGGUUUCCAGGCAGUGAUCGGUGUUCUCUGUGUCCGAUUUUCUUUCACUUCUCUCUCUCUCUCUUUCUCUGUGUAAUUUAGCAAUAGUGGCACACCAAUCCUCUGAAGAACGACUCUAGAGAUCAAAUCUCACGUCUCACUGGGAUUUUGCUGCGUUUCUACCGUUUUCACUUCAGCACCUUCUCUCCUCUGUGUAACCGUCAGCGGUCUCGUCACAAACUGAAUGUUUUUUGCUGUCUGUGGUAAUUUGUUAUAAUGACCACAGCAAAGGAGUCAAAUAUAUCGACCAAAGCAGCUCAACAGCAAGAUCAGGAGCUGGUGGGAAGUAACCCUCCGCAGAGGAACUGGAAGGGAAUAGCGAUUGCACUGCUUGUUAUUCUGGUCAUCUGCUCUCUGAUCGUCACCUCUGUCAUUCUGCUGACUCCAGGUGAGGACGAUAGCCUGGCCUUUAAGGGGAAAGUUACAGUGGAAGAAAUCUUCAAGAAAGACUUCAAAGUUCAUGACCCGAACGCUAAGUGGAUCAGCAGUAAUGAGCUCCUCUAUCGUACCCGUGAAGGUGAUGUGGUCCGCUUUAACAUGGAGACCAACGAGAGUACAAUCCUGGUCACAAACAGGAAGUUUGAAAUGUACAAAGCCAGCAAAUAUGAGGUUUCCCCAGAUAUGAAACUCGUUCUGCUGGCCUACAACGUGCAGCUGGUUUACGAGCACUCCUUCACUGCGGACUACAUCAUUUGCAGUCUGGAAACUCCGGAAACGUGGAUUCUGAACCCUCCAGAAGUGCGAAACGCUCAUCUGCAGUAUGCAGGAUGGGGACCGCGAGGCCAGCAGCUGAUUUUUAUAUUUGAGAAUAACAUCUACUAUCGGGCCACUGUGGAGAACAGAUCCAUCCGUCUUGUUUCCACUGGGAAGGAGGGUGUGAUAUUCAACGGUCUGAGCGACUGGCUCUAUGAAGCGGAGAUCUUUAAGUCCCACAUCGCACACUGGUGGUCUCUGGAUGGGGCCAGGCUCGCGUAUGCGACCAUCAACGACACGCUGGUACCCAAAAUGGAGAUCCCCAUGUUCACCGGCUCCAUCUACCCUACAGCAAGACAAUACCAUUACCCCAAGGCAGGAGAGGAAAACCCUAUCAUCUCUCUUUAUGUGGUGAAUCUCAAUGGCCCUCUGCACACCGUUGAGAUGAGAAGACCGGAGGACCAAAGAAUAGGUGAGUACUAUGUGACGAUGGUGAAGUGGGCCACAAGCACGAAACUGGCUGUAAACUGGUUGAACCGAGCCCAGAAUAUCUCCAUCCUGACCCUCUGUGUGGCCACAACAGGUGUCUGCACCAAGGUAUGCCUGGAUUUGAGAAUUGCAUUUCUCAAACAGGAUGAAGAGCCGCUGUUCUCUAAAGACGGUCUGAGGCUGUUCUUCACCAGAGCAAUCCCACAGGGAGGAAGAGGGAAGUUCUUCCACAUCUCCAUGUCCAUUUCACAGCCCAACAGCAGCACAGAUACUCUGCAGUCCAUCACAUCAGGAGACUGGGACGUCACGCAGGUUCUUGCGUAUGAUGAGGACAGCCAGUUAAUAUAUUUCCUCAGCACUGAGGAUGACCCUAAAAGAAGACAUCUCUACAGCGCAGACACGGUGGGCACCUUCAACCGCCGCUGUCUGUCCUGUGAUUUCACUGACAGCUGCGGGUACGUCAGUGGCUUCUUCAGUCCCAGCAUGGACUAUUUUCUGCUCAGUUGUAAAGGUCCUGAUGUUCCGUAUGUGACGGUUUACAGCACCCAUGACAGACAGAAGGUGCGUGACAUCGAGUUGAAUCUGAACUUGAGGAGAACGGUGAACUCGAUGCAGAUGCCGAAAGUGGAAUACAGAGAGAUAAACAUAGAGGAUUACAGCCUCAGCAUGCAGAUACUAAAACCUGCAGGCUUCAUAGACACCUUACACUACCCACUUCUGCUCCUUGUAGAUGGGACUCCAGGCAGUCAGUCGGUCUCAGAGCAGUUCCACAUUGACUGGACGUCAGUGCUGGUCAGUAGUUUUGGGGUUAUUGCAGUGCGCUUUGACGGUCGUGGAAGUGGCUUCCAGGGGACUAACUUACUCCAUAAGGUGCAGCGCAGGCUGGGAAUGUUCGAGGAGAAAGACCAGCUGGAUGCCCUCAGUAUUUUGAUGCAGGAGCCAUAUAUUGACAAAACCAGAAUUGGAGCUUUUGGGCAGGUGUAUGGAGGUUACGUCACCAGCCUUCUGCUCAGCUCUGAGGACUCCAUGCUCAAGUGUGCUGCAGUGCUCUCACCCAUCACAGACUUUGCACUAUAUGCUUCAGCUUUCUCAGAGAGAUAUCUAGGCCCUCCCAAGCCAGAUCGGAGGGCAUACGAGAUGGCCAACCUUGCAUACAGAGCGUCUCAGUUCAUCGAUAAGAAGUUUUUAAUCAUUCAUCCAACAGCAGAUGAGCAAGUUCAUUUUCAGCACACAGCCAAAUUCAUCUCCAGGCUAAUCAGCGAGAGAGCAAAUUAUACUCUGCAGAUCUACCCAGACGAAGGACACUUCAUUCACAACGAGGGAACGCGGCAGCACCUCAGUCAAUCGCUGGUCAACUUCUUCGAGGAGUGUUUCCGGCUCCCGGACCGAGUGUUCGAGGAGGCGCUAGAGGAGGAGAGCGAAGAGGAGGGUUAGUCCACCCGUUCCAUGAAGUCCAAGCACAAAGCCAGCUCCUUUUGCCACCUGAUAUGCAACCCAUAGAUUUGAACCCUCCAGUUUUCAGUUCCCUCCCGGUGUCGCAUGCUGACUCUGAGACCGCCCUGCCUCGUGUUCCUGCCUCGGCUCCCCUUCAGGUGCUCCUCACUAUCCAUCAACCCUCGACAGACCGCGGCCGUGCAGCACGGCGUGGCAUCUGGCUGGCGCCACAUCGUCUCGCUCUCCCCUGCAGGCCAGUUAGGAGCUUCUGAAGGAGUCUCUGGUCUGUCCAUCUCACGUUGACGAAUGAGACGCUGCGAUAUUAACUGACCGCCAAGCGCGAUGGCCUUUGAAUCCCUAAGAGCUGUGAGACUCGCAGCUAGACUGAGGGGUCAUUCAGUGUUUGAUUCAAAUAGGUAUCUGGUGUUUUGGGCAAAGGGGUUGUUGUCGGGAGAACGUGUCAUUUGUGGUUCAAAAGGUCUUCUCGUGUCCAAUUGUGCUCGUGUCUGGUAUUGCAAUGUAAAGUCGCACAUGAAAACCAUUCACUUGGAUAUCGAUAAAACUUGUUUUCAGUGUUCAAGCGUGUCCGAGUCUUGGAAAUCUUGUAGCCUCAAGUGUGUAUUUAGAUGGUGUUUAUUCAUUGCAGAAACUUCAUCAAGCAGAAGGGGAGCAAAAAUGAUUCGCAUUAUUCUCGCAGACCAUGACAGUUGUACAAGACUGUUGAUCCCACUUCUCAACGUGCGUUUCCUUGAAGUGAUGGUCUGUCAGUGCUGAAGAAAGCACUCUAUGUUGAUUUAGUCACUGUGCCUUAUUACGGGAGCGAACAAUCGUUUUCGAGGAGCCUCUUUGUGAAUAUCAUCACUCAUUCAAGGCUUACGUUGGAUUGACUAAAAUCCUGUAUCUAAAACGCUCUUGUUACAUUGUCGAUGACAUCACGGUAUACAUUAUUGACUGUAAUAGCAUUGCGAAAACACUGUUAUUUUCGUUUGCGCGCGUGUGAGCCAGUGUUGUUUUAGCAUCAACAAAAGCAAACUCGCUCGCAUUCUGCUAAUAGCGGUUUUCCAUCCACUUUAAGGAUCGGGUAAUGGAGCAUGAAAUUAAAAUGUAUGAUUUCAACAUUACCUCGGUAUUAAACUAAAGCCCCUCUGAGGCUUUACAGACACUUUGUAGAACAUUUGUUAAUUCAUGCCCAAAACAAAUCUGUACAUAAAAAGUAUAAGUAGGGUAGGAAACACUUCUGUGUUAAAGGGAUAGUUCACACAAAAACAACAAUUC